CAAGUCUAGAAAUUAAGUAGUUUUUAAAAAUGGUAGGGAACAUUAUUCAUAUUGAGGAUGAGAAAAAUAAUAAAGGUCGCAUAGUUACAUAUGAAGAGGCUCUGGAAGAUAUAGGAUUCGGGCAAGUGCAGAUCGAAGUGCUUUUUGCAAUGGGUUUUGUGCUUAUGGACGUAAUAACUGAAACAAUGGGCAUUGGAAAUCUCAUUCCAGCAGCAAUUUGUGAUUUUCAUUUAAAUGGUGCAACAAAAGGACUCCUGACGUCAAUGGUAUUUUUUGGCAUUGUAUUCUCAAGCUACAUAUUUGGCUACUUAGGAGACACAAAAGGUCGACGAUAUGUUAUAAUUUGGACUUUACUGUUUGCAAAAGUUUUUACAUUCAUUGCUGUUUUUGUUCAGAAUGUUACAAUUUUUAUGGCUUGCCGAUUUAUAACUGGUAUAUUUCUUGGUGGAUAUUCUGGAGUCAUGUGGGCUUACCUUGGAGAGUUUAAUACAUCAAAAUAUAGACCUGCAAUUUUAAGUUGGGUUGGUGUUUUCAUUGGAGUAGCAUACACAGGAAUUCCAGUGAUUGCACAUCUACUAAAUGGAUAUGAGUGGCGAUUCGCUCUUUAUUCUGGAUACGAAUUUCGACCAUGGCGAUUAGGUUUGAUCAUAUACUCAAUUCCCGGAAUUAUUGGAGGGCUUUUAUGCAUUCGUUUACCAGAAAGUCCAAAAUAUUUGCUUUCAAUUAGAAAAAAUAAUGAAGCAUAUCAAGCAGUUGAAUGGAUUCACAAAGUUAACAAAGGAAAUAAAAAGCAUGCAAAAUUUGAUAUCAUAGCAUUGAAAACUGAUGAAGCAGGAACUGGAAAUGAUUUCAAAGGAUUAAAAGGAAUAGUAAUUUCAUUGAUAGAUCAAACACUUCCACUCAUCAAGCCACCUUACCUCUUUCUAUUCAUAGCAUGUUGUGCGCUUCAGUUUGGAACAUUCUUCAUAUCUGCUGGAUUAGGAUUAUUCCUUCCAGACAUACUAAAUAAACUUUCGAAAUAUCGAGAUGAGACUUGUGAUGGAGGCGGUGAAUGUGUUUAUCAUGUUUGUGAUGUUGCGGGAUUUAAAUUUCAUCAAGACAAGAACAUAACAGCAAAUAAUGAGACUUGCAACGAUUCUGUUGACUCAAGUGUGUACGAAAAUAUGAUAAUUCUUGGAUCUGUUUACAUCUGUAUGUAUGUUGUCAUAGCAGCCGUCAUGAAUCGAGAACGAAGAAAAUAUAUAAUUGCUUUUACAUUCAUCUUGUCAAGCACUUUUGGAUUUAUUUUACCAUUCGUCUAUAAUCAAAUGUUUAUCACUAUUAGCUUUAUUUUGACAAUAAUUAGUGCUGGAAUGAAUAUUACACUAAUUAAUGGUGCUGCAUGCGAUAUUUUCCCUACAUACUUAAGAUCUAUGGCUGUGAGCGUAUCAAUGCUAGUCGGACGAUUUGGAAGUACUGUGUCAUCAAACAUACUUGGAAAUUUAUUGGAUGAAUAUUGCUACUUUACUUAUAAUGUAUGUGCAAUCGUUGCUUUAAUUUGCGUUGGAAUGUCAUUUAUUGUGACCAAAUAAAGGAAACUUGAAGCUCAAAAAGUCUGUUGUGCUCUAAAAAGAGAUAAGAUGGUUUAAUAAAAGGAUGAACUGAAUUUGUG